AUGGGAGAGAACGGAACCGCGAAGGACCACGAACAAGAAUUUCAUGAAGUGUUGAAGAAGAUUAUCCUAACGGUAUUCCGUCUCAGCAGGGUUCGGAGUUUGUUAGGCACCAACCCACUUGAAAUGCUGCCACCUCAACGUGUGACAUAG